AACACCGUCCGUUGCUGGGCAGAUUACAGUAAUUUAUGCAAUACAAUCGUCGCUGCAGCUACCAUUCAAGAGCAGGUGUCCCCGAGUGUCUCAAGUGAACUGAGGCUGCCGGCCAAGGCCCUGACACUGCGUUCCCAUGGAAACCAAGCCCGGGACCCCCGCUGUGUGGAGUCAGUCCGCCAGCACCGAAUCAGCCGAGGCGACACAGGUGCAUUUUGAAGGCAGCGCAGUCGCGCAGAUAGUGUACAGCGGUGGCAGCGGAGGUCAGGCGGAGGGGGCUCCGCAGCAGCAGGUGGUCUACACGGCGGACGGCAGCUCGUACACCUCAGUGGAGUCUUCCGAGCACACGCUUGUGUACAUCCACCCCGCAGAUGGCACGCAGGCCGGGUUUGCCGACCAGCCUCAAGUGGCGUACAUCCAGCAGGACGGCACCACCCAGCAGGUCGCCGUUUUGCUGCCAAGCGGGCAAAACAUGAACGCCGCCAGUCUGCACAUGCUCAGUAACGUGGCCGAGGCUCCGCUGGCCACGCUGGAGCCGGUGUCCCAGGAACGUCUGUCCGUAUCCAAUUCCCUCUCUGAUAUGGCGGACCCCGCAUCCAGCCCACUGGGAGCCAUGGACACCACGGACGACACAGAUGAAGACGACGACGAGGAUUCUGAGAUGGACGACUGGGAGCCUCGUCAGCCCUUCAACCCUCACAACCUCUGGUGCGAGGAGUGCAACAAUGCCAACCCCACAGAUUGUAUGGACCACGGCCCCCUGCACCCGGUCCCCAACAGGCCGGUGAUGUCCAGGGCCCGGGCCAGCCUACCCCUGAUGCUAUACAUCGAUCGCUUCCUGGGCGGGGUCUUCUCCAAGAGACGCAUCCCCAAGCGCACCCAGUUUGGCCCUGUGGAAGGACCCCUGGUUCCUGAGAGCGAGCUGCAGGACAACUACAUCCAUCUGAAACUUAGCUUGUUGGACGCAGAGAAAGAUGGUGAAAAGUCCGAGCACACGUGGCUGGACCUCUCGGGCGAGGAGAGCUGUAACUGGAUGAUGUUCGUGCGGCCCGCCGAGAACCACCUGGAGCAGAACCUGGUGGCGUAUCAGUACGGCGCCGAGAUCUUCUACACCUCCAUCAAGAACAUCGAACCCAAACAUGAGCUCAAGGUGUGGUAUGCAGCAUCCUACGCAGAGUUUGUCAACCAGAAGAUCCACAGCGUUACGGAGGAAGAGAGGAAAGUUCUGCGGGAGCAGGAGAAGAACUGGCCUUGUUACGAGUGCAGCCGGCGCUUUGUGAGCUCCGAGCAACUUCAGCAGCAUCUCAACCUGCACGAUAAAAUGAUCCAGUCUGUCAGCAGGUCCAGAGGUCGCAGCCGGGGGAGAGGCAGGAGGCGGUUUGGGACGGGAAGGAGACCGGGACGUCCGCCUAAAUUCAUACGUCUGGAUGCCCCAAUAGAAGACGAUGCGGACAAGACGACUCAGGAAAUGCUGGAGCUGGCGGAGGCACAGCCGCUGGAAGAUCCCGCUGAGGCGGCCCAGAACGGCGUUGAGGUGAUUGUGUCCGAACCCGACACGGAAGCAGAGGGACAAAUGACGUCCGAUGCCGGCGAGCCCUCCGCCGCCCAGCCCUCCGGCGUGGACCUGAGCGUGCCCGUGAAGGAGGACCCCACACAGAGCGACCAGUCGGACCCUCAGCUCUCGUCUCAGGACAUGCGGCGCGUGAAAAGGAUACGGAACGCGGCGCUACAGCAUCACUUCGUCCGGAAGAGCUUCCGUCCCUUCAAGUGCAAACACUGCGACAAGGCCUUCCGCGACAAAGACAAGCUGGACCAGCACCUGCGGGUCCACGGCCGUGACACCUUCGUCUUCCCCUGCCACCUGUGCAGCAAGACCUUCAUGAACGACACGGCACUGGACGACCACCUGCUGGUGCACACGGAGACCCGCACGUAUUCCUGUCUCUUGUGCGCCCAGACGUUCGAGCGGCUGGACUCGCUCCGAGACCACAUCGAGGUGCACGCCGUGGACGGUACCUUCACCUGCCCGUCCUGCAAGAAGACCUUUUCCGACUUUAUCCAGGUGAAGAAGCACAUCCGCUGUUUCCAUUCGGAGAAGAUCUUCCAGUGCUCGAGCUGCGAAAAAGCCUUCUGUCGGCCAGACAAGCUGCGGCUACACAUGCUGCGCCACUCUGAUCGCAGGGACUUCCUGUGCUCGACGUGCGGCAAGCAGUUCAAGAGGAAGGAUAAGCUGCGGGAGCACAUGCAGCGUAUGCACAAUCCCGAGCGGGAGGCCAAAAAGGCCGAACGCAUCCUCCGCUCCAAGAGCCUCAAACUGAAGGCCCCCACGUCCGACUUUGAGAGCUUUAUGUUCAAAUGUAGGCUAUGCAUGAUGGGAUUCCGACGCAGAGGAAUGCUGGUCAAUCAUUUGUCCAAGCGUCACCCUGAGAUGCAUGUAAAUGACGUCCCUGAGCUGACGUUGCCCAUCAUCAAGCCCAACAGGGACUACUUCUGCCAGUACUGUGACAAGGUAUAUAAGAGCGCCAGCAAGAGGAAGUCGCACAUACUGAAGAACCACCCGGGGGCAGAAUUGCCCCCCAGCAUCCGCAAGCUGCGCCCGGCUGCCCCCGGCGAGCCCGACCCGAUGCUGACCACGCACACGCAGCUGGCCGGCACCAUCGCCUACGCGCCCGUCUGCUGUCCACACUGCGCCAAACAGUACAGCAGCAAGACUAAGAUGGUGCAGCACAUCAGGAAGAAACACCCAGAGUUUGCCCAGCUCGCCAACACCAUCCAAGCUCCUCUGGCGACGGCCGUCAUCAGUAGCGCUCCCGCCGUCCUCAGCGCAGACGGCACCACCGCCGAGGCUGUCGUGACCACCGACUUGUUGACGCAGGCCAUGACGGAGCUCUCGCAGACGCUCACCGCAGAUUACAGGACGGCGCAGGGAGACUUCCAGAGGAUCCAGUACAUCCCCGUGUCCCAGGCCGGAGGCGGCCUAUCCCAGCCGCAGCACAUUCAGCUGCAGGUAGUCCAGGUGGCGCCGGCUUCCUCCCCUCAUUCCCAGCAGUCGGCCCCAGAUGGGGGCCCGCUGCAUGACCCGCAUGGCUACAGUCAGCACUCAAUCCAGGUGCAGCACAUCCAAGUCAGUGAGCCCUCAGGAUCUGGACAAGGUGUCACGCAGCCUCUCAGCCCCAACUCCCAACAGACCAAUCAGGAGCUGAGCCCUACCCAGAACCACAGCCUCCAGGGCGGCAGCAGCAACAACAGCAGCACUCAGCAGCAGCAGCAGGGGGCGGUGCAGCAUGCUUAUAUACCUGGCAACUGGAACUACAGAAGCUACCCCUCAGAGAUCCAGAUGAUGGCCUUGCCUCACGCGCAGUACGUCAUCGCUGAGGCUACCACGCCGGUCACCGGAGCCAACGGCAACCAAGUGAAAACGGCGCACUACGUCAUCUCCGAUUCCGAGCCGGACACAAAGCCGUCGGCUGCUCCGAGCUCGGGUCAGAACCACGGCGACCACCUGGAGCAGCCGAGCGGCCAGCCAGCCACCACGCAGUACAUCAUCACCACCACCACCAACGGCAGCGGCGCUAGCGAGGUCCACAUCGCCAAGCCCUGAACCUCCAUCACCGCUCCUCUGCGCCGACCUCGGCAGUUUUUUACGCAAGUGGACACUUUGGGGGGAAAGACAAAAAAAAACUCGAUGAGUUUAGAGAAGAAAAUGAAAGCCGGCACAGUUUUAUGUGUUAAUGUUGUGGUCACAUGCUGCUAUCAAAUUUACUGACACAUAUCACGGAUCUUGCAGAGUCAUCCUUUCUAACAAUUGCCAUGGACAUAUCUGGGAUAAAUUGGACAUCUUGCCGAGUCAUCAUUAUGAACAUCUCCGCAGUACUUUUUGUACGCGAAAACUGUGAGAGAAGAUGAGAAUCUUAAAGCGUUAAUGCAGUCGCCAUGUUUUCCCUCUACAUUUGCUAAUCAUGAUUUCUUUUUAAUUUUGUGUCCCAACCACAAGGCGUGUGUUUUCGUAGUAAAACGUGUCCGUAUAAAUAUAUGUUUUAUAAACUUUUUGUUUGUUUUGGACACAUUUGAAAAGAGACUUGUCAUUUACUUGAACACUGCAUACUACUUUUCUUUUAGUGAGAUUAAGUUACACGACUUUGGUGUGUAAAUAUUGUAUUAUUUUGUGUAGGCAGGAAGUGACUCGCUCAUAGGCAUCCAGGAGUGAGGGGGCGGGGCUGAUGAAUAAAUACCAACGCUCGACUUGUCCAACGAGCUCCACAAGUCGCACAA